AAGGGGUGUGAGAUCUGCCCUGGUAAUCCGAUUCCUCCAUGGCUCAGACUUCUGUCAUAUGCUGUACACUUCCUGAGGAGCUCAGAUCUGCCCUGAACAGCUUGGAGUCUGAUCACCUUCAUCACCACUCCUGGAAACCGGAGACGGCCAUGGGCGGAAGAAUGAGUCAGAUCCUGGAUGGGUUCCACCUGGGCAAUAUACGAGAUUCCGAGGACAAGACAUCACUGAGCAGGAAUGGUGUCACCCACAUCGUGUCCAUCCACAACAAUGCAAAGCCCCUCUUACCGGAGAAGACCUACCUGUGUAUUGCAGCCUCAGACAGCAGCAGCCAGAACCUAAUUCAACAUUUUAAAAAAUGCAUCAAAUUCAUCCACGAGUGUCGUCUGCAUGGAGGAGUAUGCCUGGUACACUGCUUGGCCGGGGUGUCCCGGAGUACGACGGUCGUGGUCGCCUAUCUGAUGACAGUGACGACCUUUGGCUGGGAAGAUUGUCUGAACGCUGUGAAGGCGGUCCGAUCGUACGCCGACCCCAACCUCGGCUUCCAGCAGCAGCUGCAGGAGUAUGAGAUGACACUGGUGAAGGAGUACCGAUCUUGGCUGCGGCAGGAAUACGGGCGGAAUCCUUUCAAUGAUCAGGACAGAGUGGAGAAGUUAUUAUCAGAACGCGUGGAGAAGGUGAGUGUGAGGGAGACGCAGAACCGGUGGAUUAACCAGCCCGAUACCGGAUACACCUUACCCUACAAAGCCUAUGGAGGGAACACCGGGGGGACCAACUGAUCAUAAACAUCCGUGACAAUGCCAUCAACAAGAAAAAUCAAGGAGCCGAUAAAACCAACUGGUGAUCUGCCCAUAUGACUGUGUUUUCUCUAAUUCAGCUGUGGGUCUGCACCCUCUUGUUAUAGGACUCUUACCACUGCUGACUCCUUCUCUGGGCCCUUUGGAUGGGGUGAAGCUGUGUUGGGUUCAGUGGGGGCGGGGCUAGAACCAGGAAACACACUGGAGACUUUCCACGGGAAGGUUGGAUCCCCAAAGGCAGAUUGAUUGCAUGAAAAAUGUUCAGAUGUGACUAAAGUGCAGCUUUAAAUAAAGCCAAAUUCCUGUGUAACACUGGAGAUAAUGCUGCCUGUGUACAGUACUUGGAAAUAAAAAAUUAUAUUUUAUUUUUAAA